CUUAAUCCCAUUAAAAUAGUAAUUACUUUCUAAGUUAGACAUGACAAUGUCUAACUUAGAAUACAGGGAGAGAAUUGUAAAUCCUGUGAGAUAAAGGAUUGACACAGACAAGGGGAUGCUCUGGCUUGCCCCCAAUUUAAUAUUGCCUUAAAGUAUCAAAAUGAUCCACGAAUUAGGGAUGGCGGUACUAUUUACAAUAGAUCGAUACAAGUCUUAGCAUAUGCUGAUGACAUUAACAUAAUAGGGCGUAGAAAGCGAGACGUUGAGCAAUAUCUCAUAGAAUUGGAAACAGCGGCGAAACAGCUCGGUCUAGUCAUCAACGAAGACAAAACCAAGUACAUGUUGGUUACAAAAGAUCCGAUAGCAAAUGAGGAACGAGAAACAGUCUUUGGAAGUCAUACCUUUGGACAUGUUGACAACUUCACAUACCUUGGGUCGCUAUUGACUGCUACUAAUAAAACAAGCGAAGAAAUCAAAAGACGAAUAAACCUUACAAAUAGGACAUACUAUGGACUUCAAAAGCAUUUCCACUCAAGAAACAUUCAAAGAAGAACUAAAAUUAUUAUAUACAAAACAUUGCUGAGGCCGGUCCUCACAUAUGGAGCAGAAACAUGGACACUAACGCAGAAAGAUGAAAGACUUUUGGGAAUAUUUAAGCGUAAAAUACUCUGCAAAAUAUUUGAAGCUAUAAACGUCCAAGGGCAGUGGCGCAGAAGAUAUAAGUUUGAAUUGUAUCAGCUCUUUGAUGAGCCAGAUGGCAUAACGUUCAUUAAAACACAGCGACUUAGAUUGGCUGGACACAUAAUACGAAUGCCAGAGAAUACGACUGCUAAAAAGCUAACUACAGGAACACCUGUAGGAAGAAGAAGCAAAGGCCGACCGCGAAUUAGGUUGUUAGAUGGAGUUGACAGCGACUUACGGAUAUUAAAAAUCAGAAAAUGGCAACAUGUUGCCAGAAACCGAACAGAAUGGCGACGAAUCUUAGAGCAGGCCAAGAUCCACAGAGGAUUGUCGAGCCAAAGAUGA